AAGGCCACCACAGUAAGGGGUGGAGCACGACUUCGUGAUCAAGAAGAUCCCCUUUAAGAUGGUGGACGUGGGCGGCCAGCGGUCCCAGCGCCAGAAGUGGUUCCAGUGCUUCGACGGGAUCACGUCCAUCCUGUUCAUGGUGUCCUCCAGCGAGUACGACCAGGUGCUCAUGGAGGACCGGCGCACCAACCGGCUGCUGGAGUCCAUGAACAUCUUCGAGACCAUCGUCAACAACAAGCUCUUCGUCAACGUGUCCAUCAUCCUCUUCCUCAACAAGAUGGACCUGCUGGUGGAGAAGGUGCGCAGCGUCAGCAUCAGCAAGCACUUCCCCGACUUCCGCGGCGACCCGCACCGGCUGGAGGACGUGCAGCGCUACCUGGUGCAGUGCUUCGACCGCCGGCGCCGCAACCGCAGCAAGGCGCUCUUCCACCACUUCACCACGGCCAUCGACACGGAGAACAUCCGCUUCGUCUUCCACGCCGUCAAGGACACCAUCCUGCAGGAGAACCUCAAGGACAUCAUGCUGCAGUGAGGCCCCGGCCCGCCUCCUCCCCGCGGCCAGCACCUGCGGGGGCCGCCACGAGCUACUGAAUCCGGGGAAGGUACACUACUGAGCUCCGGGCAGCCGGGGUGACCGCCGUCGAGUAGCACGGCUUUCCACAGGACGCCAUGGCCGCUCCGAGCAGUGCGCGCGCCCGCGUGUCCCGGUGUGUGUCCGCGUGCGUGUGCGUCUCUACCGCCGCACAGACCGCCCGCCCCGGCUCUCCCUCUAACCCGCAGGCCUCCCGGCCGCUAACCCGGAGCCUCGCCUACGCGGUAGGCGGCCCAGUGCGCAGACACGGCCGGUGGGCCCGCCCAGAGGGACCGCGUUGCCUUUUAAAGCUCCUGUGCCCCGUCCCAGAGCCCAGCCUUGGGGGCGGGGUGGGCUCCGGCCGGCCGUGCCUUAAUGUCCGGGGGCGCUGUCCUCCUGCUGUCACCUGGCCCGUCGCAUGGACAGGGCUCGUCCCUCCACACGGCGCUCGGCGGUGCUCAUUACUCCCGACCGCCCUGCCCUGCCACCUCCUCCCCCGCAGACACCCCCCCCCUGCAGGUGUCUGCUCCUCUGCGUGCCUCGUGCCUGCGGCGGCCGCUGUGGCGCAGCCCGGCUUCCUGUCCGCAGCUUCGGGAGCCGCAGGGUGAGCGCAGCCCGUGUCCAGCACGCAGCCUGUGCACCGCAGACACUGGCCUUCAGGCAGCCCCGGCCCCGCACCCACCUGCGUCCUGCAGACGGCCGCCACCCCAGUGCCUCUCACAGCCGGUCCCUUCUCAGGCCGCCUGCAUCGGGUCCUGUCCAGGCUCUGCCUCUAGGAUUCCACACUACACGUGCUCCCAGCUCGGGGUGCGGGAGCUGCGGGCCCCCUGGAGGCCCCCCUUCACUGCCCGUGCGGGUCCCUCCACUGCGGUCCUCGGGGGUGGGGCUCGCCCAGCACUGGAGAGAAAAGGAAAGCGCUCCCUGGUAGCCGGCAGCAGAAUUCACGGGCCUCGUCACGUCCCGGGCCCCUGUCCCAAGGCCACCCUGGGCCCCUCCUGGGUCCCUUCGCGCCUCCCUCGGCUCCGUGUCAGCAGGCCCGGCAGCCGUGGGUCUGGGGCAGGGGCUGACCCAGAGGGAAGGGAGGCCGCCUGCUCCUGAGUCACCUGUCACUGUGUUUGGUGAGGAGACGCACAGCGUGAAAGUCCUUGGUGCGUGCGCUGAGGGUCGGCUCUGGUGAGAAGGUGCCGUUUGGGGGCUGCCCCUGCGGCUCUCCACCAGCUGAGGCUGCGGCCCAGGACCGGCCGUGUGCCUGGAGGGGAGGAGCACAGGGCAGCUCAGCAGGCGGUUCUGAGGUCGGGGCGCCUUCGGUGACGGGGCGCCGGGUCUCGGGUGUGAGGAGCGGGCUGGUCCUCCCUGACCGGGAAUCGGGGCUCAGGAGAGGCGGCCAGCCAGGCCCCCUGCCCCCAGGCCCUGAGCACUUUGCCUCUAGCCCACGGUGAGCGGGGCGGGAGGGCCCGGAGGCCAGGACCCCGACCAGCUCGGCCACCCCUCGCCCUGUGGGCUUCUCGCUGCGCCAGGCGCUGCUCUGAGUCCUGGGAGGCGCCUGACCGGAGCAGAAGUUCCUGUUUGUGAGGCUGAACUAAACCAUUUACAACUUUCUACACAUAGACUAGUCCUUGUCUCGGAAGCCGCGGCUUUUGUAAUUUUUUAUCUUAAUUUCACUGUCACCCUUGAAUAUUGUCUUUUGUAUUGAGACGCUGGAGGAGCAGGAGAUAGUGGUGCCUCAUCUAUUAUUGCAAAAAUGUAACAAUAAACUUCCUCAAAGAAGA